ACCCCGUGAUUUCCUGAUAUCGAUCAUACUUAAGUAUCAUCAAUUGUCAUUAUACCUAAAUCAUUAAUUGUAAGCUGUUAAAAAGACGUUGACCGACAUUUUACCCGGCCAGUCAAAGAAAAAAAGCAAUUUGAGUGAAUUAUCAAAUUUAUCGCCAAUGUCGGCCAAUCAACGCGCGCCAUUAUGGAAAUAAAUUUUGUAUCAACCGUAUUAAUCCGAUGAAUUUAGUUAAGCACAAAUAAAAACAAAAUGUCGUAGUUUUGUCUCAGGAGUAUAACCUGCAAACAAAAGAAAAUAAAAAAGAAAAAAAAAAAAUUUUUAGUGGACGAAGAACCGAAAUUGUUGGAAAUUUUUUUUAUAUAACUCCUUCCUGUUCCUCCCUUUUUCUUUAAUAAUCUUUUCUUAUUUCUUUUAAUUUCUUUAUCUUACUAUAUCUAUUCAAGUAUAUAUAAUCUAUAACCAAAAAAGUAAGCCAAAAUGGAUAACCAAUUCUUAAUUGAUUUCUUGAUGGGUGGUGUUUCCGCCGCUGUUUCCAAGACUGCUGCUGCUCCAAUUGAAAGAGUUAAAUUAUUAAUUCAAAAUCAAGAUGAAAUGAUUAAGCAAGGUCGUUUAUCUAGAAAGUAUGAUGGUAUUGGUGAAUGUUUCAAGAGAACUGCUGCUGAAGAAGGUAUCACUUCAUUCUGGAGAGGUAACACUGCCAAUGUUAUCAGAUAUUUCCCAACUCAAGCUUUAAAUUUUGCUUUCAAGGAUAAAUUUAAGAAGAUGUUUGGUUUCAAGAAAGAUGACAACUACUGGAAAUGGUUUGCUGGUAACUUAGCUUCUGGUGGUUUAGCUGGUGCCACUUCAUUAGCUUUUGUUUACUCUUUAGAUUAUGCUAGAACUAGAUUAGCUAAUGAUGCUAAAUCUGCUAACGGUGGUGACAGACAAUUCAAUGGUUUAUUCGAUGUUUACAAGAAGACUUUAGCUUCUGAUGGUAUUGCUGGUUUAUACAGAGGUUUCGGUCCUUCCGUUGUUGGUAUUGUUGUUUACAGAGGUUUAUACUUCGGUUUAUACGAUUCUCUUAAACCUGUUGUUUUAGUUGGUCCAUUAGAAGGUAACUUUUUAGCUUCUUUCUUAUUAGGUUGGGCUGUUACUACUGGUGCUUCUACUGCUUCUUAUCCAUUAGAUACCGUUAGAAGAAGAAUGAUGAUGACUUCUGGUCAAGCUGUUAAAUAUAACGGUGCUUUUGACUGUUUCAGAAAGGUUGUCGCUGCUGAAGGUGUUGCUUCCUUAUUCAAGGGUUGUGGUGCUAACAUCUUAAGAGGUGUUGCCGGUGCCGGUGUUAUCUCCAUGUACGAUCAAUUACAAGUUAUCUUAUUCGGUAAGAAAUUUAAAUAAACUAAUUAAGUUUUAAAAUUCUAUCAACUUACAAAUUAAUGGUUAAUGGUUAUAAUAGAUUGAAAAAUUAAAACAUAAUAAACAACAUUGAGUUAGAUUUUUAUUAUUGUCUGUCUUAUAUAUUAUUCCUUUCUUGGCUUUCUUUUAUUAUUGCUAUAACUACUACUUUGUUGUUAUUAUAUAUAUUAUAUUUUCACUUAUAUAGUUUUUAAUUUAUUAUCAUAACUUGUUUUAUUACUUUACUUUGGUUUGCUAAUUGUAAUUUAUGUCUGCCAUGCCAUCUCAUCGUCACUAUCAAAAUCAAAAAUUUCUUUUUUGUCUCUGUAUACAACCCCUUUUUGAUUUUGUGUGAAUUAACUUUUGCACAUUAACAAACGACCUUAAUUAAAUAACAGCAUAAUUGUUUUCUUCAUACUUUAUGGUCACGUUAGGUAAAUAAAUCAAUUGCAGAUCCUUUAAAAAACUUAAAUAAAAAUUGAUCUGACUUA